UCUUUAAUCCCGAAAUUGCGCAAUUUUAAAAUGACUCAAUAACCCUGAAUAUUUUCUGUAAAAAGAUGUAUUACUGCUUACCAACAUAACUCUAUCAAUAAUAAAACGAUAUGUUACAUAAGGUUCUGAAGUUUUGAUGAAAUGUUAAGGGUGAUGCUCAUUGCGCAUUUAGUUAUUAGUGAACUCCAUGGACCAAUAUGUGCUGAGAAGUGUUUACAGCUGAAGGAUUUGGAUCAUGUGCAGCUUGCUCCCUGGUCACUGAUGGCAGAAGAUGAAAGUUCAUCAACCACAAUCAGCGUCCAGUACCAGGGCAUCAUGUGGCAGGUUGACCACUGGACAUUGGCUGUAAACCUCUCCUGGACUGGGCUGGCUCCUGAAUCCAGGGGAAGGAAGUACCUGACUGGAUUUACCUACACAAUUGAUGGGCCGACGGCCAAUAAUGAGCAGAUAACUGAUGGACAGACCACUGAUGGGCAGAUCGCGUUUGUAGUUCUUCCUUUGAUGUCAGAGAAUGAUCCUGCCAAGAACAACUGUAUCAUUCUACCUCACAACCACCCUGACUUAAACAUGGCCUUAUGGAGAGUAGAUUUAGGGUCAUGUGACUGCAAUUUCCAGCCAAUCAGCUGUGUCAAGUCUUGUACAGUCCACAGGCUAUCACAUAGGAACGUUGGGCUUGAUGCAUGCCAUGUUUGGCUCAGACAAAACAAGCAAAGGGUCCGCAUGUAUUUCCGUGCACUUUUGAUCUCAAGGGAAGUUGUAGAAUUUCACAUUCGUGCCCAGAAUAUCAACCCCUACUCCCAUGUCAGUGUUGCCGUGUUUGACGAUGCCAUGGUUGCCAGUGUUAAACCCCUCGUGGAGCAUUCAGUUGACCGGGUUGUCAAUGGAGAAUUCAGCGUCCUUACAAGGUUGAAUAGUGUCAGGGGUACUGACUUCUAUGCGAAGGUGACCAUGCGGUGUGGACAGGAUCAUUUCCUCGACUAUGAGACCGACCUCACGCACCGGAUACACACAACUGACUAUCAUGACCCAGGACUUUCCUAA